AUGAAUGAACUCGUGAAUGAGCGGGCGGCGGGCCGCCUUGGCCAGAACGCCUUUGCACGUCGUGUCUGCGCCGACCUUCUUCACACGUUCCGGCCGGCGCCGCCACUGCGGUUCGACGGCGGCGAGCUGGGCACCAACAUUGAUGUGGACGAGACGGGAGGCCCAUAUCGUGAUGGCCGUGGCGGCCGUGGCGGCCGUGAUAUGUGGGCGCACCAGGCGGGCGUCAACGCUCUAGCCCUCGAGCGGUUUGAUGGGCGUAUCAUGGUCUCUGGUGGCUCCGACGCUACGAUUCGUAUCUGGGAUCUGGAGCAGGCAGACAUGGCCGACCCGUCGAGCCACACGUUCCGCCCCGUGGCCGAAAUUGCGCGCGCAGGCGCCGUCGGCAGCCCCAACACGCGCGGCCCUUUCCGUGCCCAACAACAGCAGCAGCAGGCGACCCAUCUCCAGAGCAGCCACACGCCCGCCCCCACGAGCCAGGGCCACCGCUUUGGCGUGACGCACCUCUCCUUUUAUCCGUUUGACAACGCCGCGUUCCUGUCGUCGUCCUUUGACCAGACGCUCAAGCUGUGGGCCACCGACAGUGCGCGCCUCUCGGGCUCCUUCGGCCUUGGCUCCAAGGUCUACAGCCACGCCGUCUCGCCCGUCGCCGACCACCUGCUUGUCGCCUGCGCCACGCAGCAUCCGGCCGUGCGCCUGGUCGACUUGCGGUCCGGCGCGGCCGUGCAGUCCCUCGUGGCCGCCGGCCAGGUCGCCGGCGCCGUCUUGUCGGUCGCCUGGUCGCCACGCCACGAGCACGUUCUGGCCAGCGGCGCCGUGGACGGCACGGUGCGCAUCUGGGACGUGCAGCGGGCGAGCGGGCUGCUGGCGCUGCUGGACCAGGAAGACUCGCUUGGCCCGGCCGGUUCGUCGUCCGGUUCGUCUGGAUCGACUUCGGCGGCUGCUGCCCGCCCGGCCCGCGCGUCGGCCAAGGCCCAUGCCGGCCCCGUCAACGGCCUCGCCUGGACCGACGACGGCGCCUUUCUCGUGUCGGCCGGGCACGACCGCCGUAUCCGCGUGUGGGACAUGGCCACGGGCGCCAACACGCUCGUGAGCUUCGGGCCGUCCGUGCGCAACAGCGGUCUCAGCAGCGUGCCCAUGGUCGUCACCCCGACCGGCCUCACCGCGCCGCGCCAGGAACUGCUCGUGUGGCCCAACGAGUCCGAGGUCCUGGUGUUCCGCCUGCACGACGGCAGCAUUGUCACGCGUCUGCGCGGCACGGGCGCCACGCAGGCCGCUGUGCGUCUGCCCCAGGCGCCGCCGCCGCCGCCGCCGCCCUCUCAAUCCUUUCCACCGUCCUCGUCCGCCCGCCCCCGACCGUCGGUGGCGCCGACAACGGUCGACCGCUCGUCUGCACGGCGUAACCGCGUGACAUCGCUGGUCUGGCGUGGCGCUGGCGGUCUUGGCAGCGAAACGGGCGGCACGGCCAUGGGCGGCCGGGACACCGUGGGCGGACUCUACAGUGGCCACUUGGAUGGCCAGAUCCGGGCGUGGGCGCCCUCGGCAUCCGCGGCCAUGGACAGCGAAGCCGUUGUCGAGGACGACGCCGACGCGACGCCGCAGGCCUUGGAGGAGCGCGACCGCAAGCGGCGCGCACUGGAUCAGGCAUACCGCAGCCUGAUGGGCACGCAGAUUACGUUUCAGUAG